AUGACUGAUGAGGGCAUAUUCCAGAAGCAGCACGGGGGGUGGUGGGAGUACAGAUCCACAGAAUGGAUGAAGCAGAAGCAACAGAAAAAGUGUUGCUGUUUGUGGCAUCUAAAAGUUCUUGAAAGUCAGUGUAUAACGAAAUUUAGUCUGGUCACACAUGCUUUGAUUACCUUGUUACUAGAGGCAUCCCCAGGCCGGGUGUCACCCACUGGGACGUUCAUCACACACGUCAUCUUGGUGAUCGACGCCGGCAGACAGAGGAAUGGAAGUUCAUCCGAUAGGAUAAGGCCCUUUCCUGGCUUUUACAGACAUCUUAUGGCCUUUAUUUUUGCUGUGGAUGAGAUAAACAGGAGCCCGGAUUUUCUGCCCAAUGUGACCCUGGGAUAUCAUAUGUACGAUCACUGUAACAAUGUGAACAAGGCCAUAGAGAGUGUCCUACAGAUCGUGUCUGGUCCUGGAGACCUCAUCCCAAACUUCUCCUGCCUAGACAGUGACAAGCUGGCCGGUGUCAUCUUCUAUCCAUCUGCAGAGAGAUCUUUACACAUCGUACAGAUACUGAACUUAUAUGGCUACACGCAGAUCAACUGCGGCCCAUCGUACCCAGCUUUAACCAAUAAGGACGUCUAUCCAUCCUUCUUCCAAACUCUCCCGUGUGACCAGACCCAGAACAUGGCAAUUGUUAAAUUACUCCUUCAUUUCAGAUGGACCUGGAUUGGAGUCAUUGCUUCUGACGAUGAUGCUGGAGAAAAACAGAGCCAAGAAUUAAGGAAAGUGGCCGACUUUUACAAUAUUUGCAUAGACUACACUAUUAGGUCAUUUUUAAGGAAAAUACACUUUCGAGAUCCCACCGGUGAAGACGUUUUUUUUACCAAGAAAGGAGAAAUGUCCACAUCCUAUCAAAUCCAUAAUUAUGUCUAUAAAAGGAUGAACAGAACUUUCUUUUCCUAUGUAUUUGGAAGUUUUAAAGCAGCAUCUGAAGUAGUAGAAGAGCAGCUUGAUAUUUACCAGAAUCCCAUACACUGGAAAAACGGAUCCAAGGUUUCCAAGGAGAACAUUGCUCAGAGCAUCACACUGCCUCCAUCGACUUGCCUGCUUCUGAUAGUGCAUCUUGGUGCCAUCUCUUUCCCGGACAAAGGUUCGUGCCAGAAGUGUCCAGCAGACCAGUGGCCAAAUGACUUCAACCAAUGUGUACCAAAACCUGUUGAUUUCCUCUCCUAUACAAAUACUCCGGUGACUCUUUCCAUUCUUCUUAUUACUGUUUUUUUUUCUGUUAUAACCACAUUAAUAUCGAUCAUCUUCUUUAUGUAUCGAAACACGCCUGUCAUCAGAGCUAAUAACCGAGACUUGAGUAUCAUUCUUCUGGUCUCCAUCAUGCUGAGCUUCCUCUCUGUGUUUUUAUUUCUGGGUCGUCCUGUGCAUAUAACAUGCAUGCUUCGUCAUACAGUCUACGGGGUCCUCUUCUCAGUAGCAGUCUCCUCCAUUCUGGCCAAGACUAUGCUGGUCUACAUGGCCUUCAAAGCCACCAAACCUGGGACCUCCUGGAAGAAGUUCAUUGGAGUAAAGAUUCAGAUCUAUCCGGUUCUCAUUUGUUCUUUAUUCCAAAUUGUAACCAGUAUAAUCUGGCUGUCUGUCUCUCCCCCCUUCCCUGAAGCCAAUACUGACUUGUAUCUGGACAGAAUCAUCAUUCAGUGUAAUGAAGGAUCUGUACUGGCAUUUUCCAUCCUCUUGGGCUACAUGGGGCUUCUAGCAGCUGUGAGCUUUAUUGUGGCUUUCCUGGUCAGGAAUUUGCCAGAUAGUUUCAAUGAGGCCAAAUACAUCACCUUCAGCAUGCUGGUGUUCUGCAGCGUCUGGAUCACUUUUAUCCCGGCCUAUCUGAGCGUUACAGGAACGAACACAAUGCUUGUGGAGAUAUUUGCCAUCAUAUCGUCCAGUGCUGGGACUUUAGCUUGUAUUUUUUUUCCAAAAUGUUAUAUUGUAUUGGUGAGACCAGAUUUGAACUUAAAAAGAAAUAUAAUGAAACAAAUGAAUCAGAGAUAG